UGUAAGAUCCCCAACCGCCAUUGAAUUCCCAUAAAUACCCUUCACAAUAAGAUAAUUCCUCCAAUAAACCACAACCCUGUAUUCUUUUUUUUAGACCCUUCUUUCUCUUUCUUUUUGUUUUGUUUUGUUUCUUCGUCCUUCAGUUUCAAUUGCGGAGACGACACACUAAAAUCUCCCAAAAAAAAUAUCUAGGGUUUCGCCCCCUCUACAACCCGACUUCAAUUCAAUCUAUAAUCUUCUUCACCUUCCCUUCAUCAAUUCCCCGUUUUCCCUCUUUACGCAAAUCGUCUACUUUGUUUAUCGUUUUCGGUUUCGGUUUCCAAUUGGCUGCGAUUUUGCCUCAUUCGUUUUUGGCCUUUGCAGCGGAAAGCUUUUUGGUUUUCUUUUUCAUUGAGUUCCACUGUGACGCGCGUUUUGGUUGGUUGCGCUUGAUCGAAGUUUGAAUUUGGGGUGUUUAGGUUUUGGCAUUGAUGGGCAGCGGUGGCGAAGAAGAUGUUGAGUACGAGAGUGAUCCCGAGGAGUCUAAACGAGCCCUCGGAAUGCGGAGGAGGGUUGAGGCCAGUGACGAUGAAGGUGACGCUGAAGCAGAAGCCGAACUCGAAGCUGAAGCCAAGGGUGCAGAUCGCCGCGUGAUUUGUUCCGAUGUUUCCGACGGCGAGGGAGGAGUGGCCGAUUACGAUGAGGAGGAGGAAGAAGAGGAAUUGGACGAGGAAGAAGCUGAAGAAGAAUUGGAUGAUGAGGAGGAAGAAGACGAGGUGUACGAGGAGGAGAGGGGCAUUGAUGAAGGUGGGGGUGUGAAUGGCUCAGUGGCUAUGCCAAAGGGUUCUGAUGGUGCUGAUGAGAAACCCCAUUUGGAAGAAAAGGAUGAAGAAGAAGGAGGAGAAUCAGGGAACAAGGAUGACGAGGAGAAGAAGGAGAAUGAGCCAUUUGCGGUGCCCACAGCUGGAGUGUUUUACAUGCACGAUGACCGUUUCAGGGAUAAUGCUGGUGCUCGCCACAGGAGAAUGCGCGGUGGAAGGAGGCUGUGGGAGUCCAAAGAUGAUAGGAAAUGGGGACACGAUAAGUAUGAGGAGAUUACUUCUCAGGAAAGGCACUACAAGGAGGGAAGGAAGCUUUCUAGGGGUAACUAUAGAGGAGGGCGGGGUAAAAGUCGUGGUGUUGGUCGUGGAGGAUAUGCUCGAGGAAAUAGGAAAGGGUAUGAAAACAGUGGUAAUCAAACUCAGGUUCCGAAAGCGGUUGUGCGAGGGAGAGGGCCACGGCGGUAUGAGCCUGCCAUGAAAAAUGGUGAUCAAACAUCCCAGAUGCAAAAUAGACAAUCUUCUUCAAAGCCUUUUGAGAAAACUUCACAUACUAGUUCAGGGAGAACCGCUGGAUCUACCUCCAAUUAUGAAUCAGAUCCUGUGCCUGCUGCUAAGAAACAAGUGUCUUCGAAUUUGAAUUAUGCAUCUCCCCCGUUUUACCCUUCAGGCUCAUCCAACAAAGAGAUGAAUCUGGCAUCAAAAAGGGAUGUCCAAACUGGCAGCACAAGCAGGAGUGGUCGUCCUGGAGUUGUGGAAGAGGGAGUUUCAGUUCAACAAAACAAUGCUUUGCUUCGUGGAAAGAAUGUUGUUGAUACUACUAUAGGUAUGGAUAAGCUGUAUAUUGAAGAGUCCAUCAAUCCGUCUGUUGGCAAGUCCUUGAACAGUAUGCAUGCUGUACCUCCUGGAUCUUCUGGGGUUAAUGCUUCUCAAUCUUCUCAUCCAAGGGCUCCAUUGAGGGGUGGGGCAAUUCCAGUACAGAUGAAUUUUCAGCCUUCUAUUGCACAUAAUCAAGUGAACAAAUUUGCUCCAACACAACACCAGUCAACUGUCCAGAGGAAUCAUGCGCCAGCACGAAUUCCAACCACUUUGCAAGCCUCUGCUCCACAGAUUGGUCAACGUCCUGGUACUGGUUCUCAAGCUUCAUCUCCGCCAAAAACAUCUGUGGCAAUCAGUUCGUUGGAUUCUGUAGAAAUUGACGCUACUUCAGAAUCAGGUAAAUCCAAAGGUGCAUUGGUUGGGAAGGGAAGGGGGGGUUCUCAGGGAAGUGGAAGGGGCUCUUUCGUUUAUGGUGGAGCUAUGGGGACUGCUGGAAAUAUGGGGGGUAAUCAUGGAGAUCCAAACUUCCCAGCCUUCUUGCCAGUUAUGCAGUUUGGAGGCCAGCAUCCUGGGGGUAUUGGAGUCCCUGCUGUUGGCAUGGCAUUCCCGGGAUAUGUUGCUCAGCCUAAUGGUUUGGGAAACUCUGAAAUGACAUGGCUACCUGUUUUGGCCGGUGCUGCAGGAGCUUUAGGGGCUACAUACUGUCCACCCUACCUCACAGUUGAUGGUGCAUAUCAUGGUCGACAGUCAGGGCAGGCAUCUGCAACAGCUACUUCAAGCAAGGAAACUGAUGCUAAUAAAGCUUCUAAUGAGUGGAAGCCACCACAGAGAGCUGAGCCUGUAAACGAUGAGUUUGGACAGCGGCAGAAUAAACCCCGCAGAUACUCAGAGAUGAAUUUUGGACAGUGAAGUAUUUUACAUACGAUGCAACUUGUUUGAAUAAGACUAUAAAGGCCUCCAUCAGGCCCUUUGUUCUCCAGCGUUUGCUCUGGAUUACUUUGGGCUGCAAUAGUUUCAAGAUUUUUUAGUUCUAUAACGCCUGUUGAUGCUGUUUCCCAUUUAAAGAAGUUGUUGCAGCUAGACAGGUGGUAGUUGCUUGUGUAAUUGUGCGGUUUUUCUUGCGGUUUGCUUGCAUUUUUAGUGAAGCAUAACAAGAUAACAUAUGCUGUGGCCUCUCUACAACUACUACUACUACAACCAUGCAUAUGUCCAAAGAAAACGAUAUUUUAUUUGCAGCAACUGAUUGCUUGUGGGAGUUAUAAGAUUUCUCAUGUUAAUGGGCUUCUUUUUAUAUUUAUCUGCUAUCUCGAAUUGUGGGUUAAAUUAUUUAGGUCCAUGGAGACAUUUUUAUAAUAUUUUUUAUUUUUUCCUUCUCUUUUAUAUCUAAGUAUCCGUUUUUGAUUGUAUGGUUUUGCUAUUGAGACCUGAGAAACUAUCAAACCAAUUUCCGAGUUAUGCUGUAUUAGCUAUCAAAUAUGAGUUUGUUUUUUUUUUUUUUGGUUAA